AGAGAGAGAGAGAGAGAGUGCCAGAUCGUGAUAUGGGAAAGGAUGAAAUAGUGGAACGUGAUGGAGUGUGUGAGGUAUAUGCUUCUCUCUCUCUCUCUCUCUCUCUCUCUCUCUCUCUCUCUCUCUCUCUCUCCUAGUAGAUGUAGUAGUAGAAGUAGUGCCUCAGUUUCCAUUAUGAAGAGGAGCAAGGUCAUCGUACACUUGGCAGGAGUGAGUUGCCGCCAGCAGGAGCUGGUGCUCAAGGUCACGGGAGUGCAAGCUACAUUAGUGUUUGGAAGCAGCAGAGAGGCAAACAGCGUGAAGGAAGCCAGCAAGACAGAGGCAGGCAGCCUCAAAGAAGGCCACCAAAACAGAGGCAGGAACCCUCAACCAAGGUUACCUCAGAGCAACACACGCCCCACAUCCCACCAUGGCAUCCAAUCCACAUCACCUCGUGAAAGAAUCUCUUGAUGCAAUUAAACACCAGCUAACAGCGUGAGAAAAAUCCUCACUGCACAGAAAACGGGAGCCUCUAACUGGCUAACGUCACUGCCCAUCAGAGCGAAGGGCUUCAGCCUCAACAAACAAGAAUUUGUCGACGCCAUUGCUCUGAGGUACGGCUGGCCGAUGGAAGGACUCCCCAGUACUUGUGUGUGUGGCUCCCCCAAUGACGUCAACCACACCAUGACGUGCAAAAAGGGGGGAUUCGUAUGUAUCAGGCACGAUGAGGUGAGAGAUCUGACCGCCAGCAUGCUCAGGGAGGUGUGCCACGAUGUCUCCACUGAACCGACCCAUCUGCCGCUAGACGGCGAGCACCUGCGCUACAGAACAGCCAACACCACCAACGAGGCUCGAGUCGACGUCAGUGCACUAGGGUUCUGGACAAGGGGACAGAAAGCAUUCAUGGACAUACGGAUCUUUGACCCGAUGGCCGCCUGUCACCACGAACUCUCCCUGGAGGCCGCCCACCGCAAGAAUGAGCAGGAGAAGAUCCGAGCGUAUGGGGAGAGAAUCCAACACGUUGACCAGGGCAGCUUCACACCUCUGGUCUUCACCACAUCUGGCGGGAUGGGCUCCAAGGCUCAGUGCUUCUACUCAAGACUAGCCGACCUAAUGGCAGAAAAGAAGCACCAGCCAAGGAGCCAUGUCGUCGCAUGGAUGAGGUGCCGUCUCUCAUUCUCCCUCCUCAGAUCUGCCCUCCUGUGUCUCAGGGGGACAAGGCAUUCCACUCCCAUACCUGCAGACUUAGGAGGCCUCGACUGCGAGGCUACAGUGGUGGAGAGUGGCAUAAGAGUAGAUAGAGUAGAGGUAGAGUGAAUUUAUAGUUAACAACUAAUGUUUAUAUUAUAGAGUAUUAGAUAUGGUUGGAUGCCACAGUCAUUAGCGAGAGCUGGGGCUAAUGACCUCCAAGUAAUGAAGCCCCUAAUUGACACAUCAAUAAACAUGGGGUGGAGGUAUUAUUAAAUUAAAGUAGUAGUAGUAGUAGUAGUAGUAUUACUAAUAGUAGUGGUAGUAGUAGUAGUAGUAGUAGUAGUAGUAGUAGUAGUAGUUCUUAUAGUUGUAGUACUAGUAGCAGUAGUAGUACUGGUAAUAGUAGUAGUAGUCUUAGUAGUAGUAGUUGUGAAAGUAAUAAUAGUAGUAGCAGUAUUAAUAGUAAUAGCAGUGAUAGUAGUAACAAUAGUAGUAGUAGUAGUAGUAGUAGUAGUAGUAGUAGUAGUAGUAGUAGUAAUAGUAGAAGUAGUAGAAGUAGUGGUAGUAUAAUAGUAGUAGUAGUAGUACUUGUAGUAAAAAGAGUAGCUAUAAAAGUAGUGGUAGCAGUAAUAGCAGUAUUAGCAGAAGUUCUAGUAGUAGUAGUUAUAGUAGUUUAAGUAGUUGUAGUAGUAGCGGUGGUAGUAGUAGCAGUAGUUCUAGUAGUAGUAGUAGUAGUAGCAGUAGUAGUUGUAGUAGUAGUAAUAGUAGCAGUAUUUGUAGUAGUAGUAGUCUAGUUGUAGUAUUGUUGGUAGUAGUAGUAGUAGUAGUAGUUGUUGUAGUAAUAGUAGUAGUACUAGCAGUAGUUGUAGUAGUAGUAGUUGUAGUAGAAGCAGUAGUUGUAGUAGUAGUGGUGAUAGUACUAGCAGUAGUAGUAGUAGUAGUAGUAGUAGUAGUAGUAGUAGUAGUAGUAAUAGUAGUAGUACUAGCAGUAGUUGUAGUAGUAGUAGUUGUAGUAGAAGCAGUAGUUGUAGUAGUAGUGGUGCUAGUAGUAGGAGUAGUAGUAGUAGUUGUAGUAGUAAUUGUAGUAGUAGGUA